GCCUUAUGCAUACGCUGUUUGCCUGCCAUACAAAUACUCUCUAAGUUGUAGAUAAACCCAUAAAUCAGCCUCCCCCAAAAAACAAGUCUCUUCCUCGGCCCAUCUGUUUAUCUCCCCACUAAACCCCGCAGAUCGUUCCCAACAGGCGAUCCCAAUCUCCGACUUAUCCCCACAUUGUCCCUCCCAUACACCCAACAAAUGAAUCCCAAAAUCAAAAAUCUCAUAAUCAAGACACAAAACGAAUUACAACUUCCUCCCCCCCAACACCAAAGCAGUAAUACAACUAAUAUUUCCAGACCACCACAGCACCGACCGCGAAAAACUCAACGUCUCCGACUCAAUAAACACAUACGCAAGCCCGAACAAGAUCCUAGAUAUCGUGUACCAUGCCCCGAUACCAUUGAUCACGUCGUUAGGGAGGCCUGUGUGUAAGGCUACUACCACAGCCGCCACGAACAGCGGGAAUCCCUCGACGGCAUUCGCAUGCGCUGCCUCCUGUCGCUUGAGUCGAUUCAGUUGUCUGCGGGUGAUCUUCCCUGCUUGCACUGCUGCCUCGCCAUAGACUUGGAGGUCUUCUCGGGGAGCGACGUUGUGGUCGAUACGGAGGAG